CCGACUGAUCUACCCUUCGAGUUGACGAUACCGAGAAUCGAGGGCGAGUUUUAUUGGGAACGCGCGGCCAAGGACAGGUGGGAGUACAACAAUCCAAGCGAGCAUGGGAACUCAUGGCGGCGAUUAUAUUGCGAACGCCACUUAGCCGAAUAUCUGGAAACUUUGCCGGCGAGCUACUUCGAGUCUCAAAGAGAAGAAUAAAGCAGAUAAAGCAAGCUGAGGAGAAUGAUGAAUUAGAAGAAGACAUCGUGCAUCACAUUCCCAUGGCUGUUAUACUUCCACAAUUCCCGAAUCUCACCGAGAUUUAUCUCAACUUCGGUAUGAUCUACAUGAAUGACGGUUUCGAGUGGCGAGAUUUCAAAUUUUCGUUGGAGGAUUGUUUAAGUCUAGGGGAAGGAAUUAAAGCCAGCCCGAAAUUGAAGAAAUUCAGUCUAACUCGGAGCAACUUGGAUCAGCCCCGAGUCGCUGCUAUUCUUCAAGGGAUGAUAUCGAACGAUAACAUCGAGGAAUUGGAUCUGUCGCAUUGCAAGUUGAUGGAUAACGGUGCAUACGCGGUGGGCGAAUUUCUGUCGAGCCACCAGAAACUGAAGAUUCUGCAUUUGGCAAAUAACAAUAUAGGACCGAAUGGAGUUGCCGGUAUCGUUUAUGGAUUAAUAAAAGCUAGCUCGACGGCUCUAAAACAUUUGGAUUUCCGAUUGAAUCCUUUGCAAAUUGAAGGAACUCAUCACAUAUGCGCUCUCCUGAUAAGAAACAAAACUUUGGAAACAUUGAAUAUCAGUGGCUGCGAAUUAGGUCCGGAAGAAGGUAUAGCGUUGGCCGAUGUACUGUCUUCCGGUUGCGUGGAACUCGAAACCUUAUCUCUCGAUGUAUCAAACAAUAAUUUUGGAUUUACCGCUGGAGAGUCAUUUGAGGCGGCCGUGGGUUCAAACCCGUAUAUUAUCUACUUGAAUGGUCGAAUGUGCAAUUUCUCGAAAGAAUCGGAGUACUCGAUCAUCGAGAGCGCACGCAGGAAUAAACAAAACAUAAAAAAGGAGAAGAGUAAAACAGCGUUUUCUCAAAGCAACGAUGUCUAUAAUUCACCCAGUGCCAAGAAUUUGCAACAACAGCCGGAAGUUAAGUUCUUAUUCCCAGAACCAAAGGAUAUCGUGUAACAUUUUUCUGGCAGAUAAAUCGGUGACGAUAAAAAAAUUACAAAUGAGCAAGAGAAGAUAAAAUCAAUCCUCAAAGUUCAACAUUCAAGUGGCCUCGUCUAUUAGGAGAAGCC